UUGAUUACUCCAGUUUUGCCUCCUUCACAGCUAACUGAAGGUACAGCGCAAUCCACUUCAAUACCAACAGCACCACUGAUCAUAUCUGAUGUUACCAUAGCCUCCACCAAAGAACAAAUUGAAAGCACCAAAACAACAAUAGUGGCAGCUAAGAAUCAUGUACCUGUCCAACAAACUCCAGUGAACGGUGAGUUCUAUGAAAGCACUCACACGUUUCUUUCUACCGUCAGUACUGCACACCAAAACACUUUUGCUUCUUUUACUACCGUAAGCACCGCUAUUAUCAUACCUUCUAAUUUUUUUCCAAAGAAUGACAUCAGUGAAAGUAACUUACAUACCAUUUCCAAAGCAAAUGGUGCUGAUAGCUCCCAAACCAUCGAGGAGGAUAACGAUAGCUUUUUAUUCUUUUGGCCAACACUUUCCCCUAUUAGAACCCAAACUAUCGGUAGUUAUUUUUCUGGGAUGAAAACCUCAAGUACCAUAGCAACAGGAUUUACUCGAAUGGUUCCUGGCACUUACCAUAAUAGCGAUACUAGAAGUGGAAAUUCAAAUACUGAAAAUACUGUAAAAAUUUACCAACCGAAUAGUAAGUAUGACAACUCCUUCAUCAAUCAUGAGCCUACCACUGCAAUGAAACUGCCAUCAGAGAUCAUAUAUGAACCAAAUCAGUUAACCUAUUUAAAGGAUAGUUUCAACUUCUCUCCUGAUAUAAAUGAUCCUUAUCACAGCAAGGAAAUCAUGAAAAGCGGAUUCUAUGACAACCAAAAUUUUGAACAAAACCACCUGAAAUUGGCUGAUAGUAAUCUGAAAUGUGUAAAUUGUCUUAGCACAAUAAUGCCUGGUAACACUGCUCCUGCACCUUUCCCACCGCAUAUUUCAUUUACUUCUACUGUACCAGCGCCUGUAGUCCCUCAUGCUCUCACUAAAAUUAUGCAAAUUUCAAACAAAUUAACCAAUAACAUCAGUAUUCGACAAUCUAAUGGAAAUUACUUUGAAGAUCUAUGGAAUGAUAUUGCGGAGCCGCCAGCUCUCAUCGUCAACAAUAAUGUUGAAGACACAAGAAGCAAAACAAUAACGACUGCUUCUUCAACAACUACCAUUACAAGUAAUAACUUACUAUCCAGUCCACUGACGUCACGACCUGCUACGAGUACUUCUUACACAUUAGUAACUCAACCAAUUACAAUUUCCGUGGAAGAAGAGCGAAAAACUCAUACUAUUCAUACUACACAUGCGUCAAAAUCUAUAGCAUCUGUCAUUUCACGUAAAACAUCGACAAUAUCAAGUUUAGCUGAAAACGAGGCAUUUGCAACAGAAGAAAAGGGGAUAAAAAGAUUGGGAAGGCCAGAAGUCGAAAAUUGGGGUGGCUUGCAGUUAAAAUAUAAACCACAACGUGUACUCACAACGUCUACUACUGCAUCUUCAACGUUACGGCACCGUAUUAGGACAACUUUGAUCAGUCAUACUAUUUAUGCCGUCAGACCGACUACUCCGAUGGGUGGACUUGUCACAAGCAGCGCUAAGACUCCAACAGGUCCAACGGAUUUUCCACGCACAGCUCUGAUUUCAAUUGCAUCAUUAUCUGUCAUCAUUAUCAUAGCUAUCGUCGUUUUUUGCGUUUUCAGGUGCAGACAGAGUGGACCAUCGACCGAUCAAUAUCCUAUGGUUUGCAACGGUAAACAAUCAGGUUAUGCUCCGAUACCAGCUGAGAUGUCUCCUCAGAUGAUGCAUGAAUCAUCUACCCCACACACGGGUCCAUUCUUUCAAAACCGUGUAAAUCAGCUUAAUGGAUACCAGCCUAUCAAAGGUGCUGUGAUACCCAGUGGUAGCACUUCUGCAGGCAAUAUAAAAGGUAACGGUGCAACAUCUAGCAAUAAUAGGAAGAAAGAGUUUAAGGAAUGGUACGUAUAG